AUGGCACAGCGGGUGCUCCUUGCUCCUCCUACUGAACGGAUACUUUCCCAGGCCGAAAGCCUCGCGGUUGUUCAGAUCUUCCUCAACGCAUCGUUGGCCUGUAUCGCCCAUACUAGAGAACUGAUCCCUUGGACAUCGUCCUGCUUCCGCACGCGAUAUGUCAAUCAAAUCACCCUCGAAAGCGACUCGUCUGCCGGAGAGAGCCUGUAUUCAGCUUUUCAAUCGUUGGCACCAGAGAGCGCUGGUGAGGGUCAAGAGGUCAAACUUCUCGUCCGUGGGGGCAAUCGAUGCGCUGAUCAAAUGCUUGAUAUGCUUGUAAACCCUGAACAUCCUCAGCAGACUUCGAGAAGCCCGCUAAUUUCCAGUCAGGAGCAAGGAGUUUUUGACGCCUUGGAUCAAAGCUACCUAGACAGCCUGCGAGUCUUUGUAACCGACGCAGCCCAACGCCAGCCAUCAAUUAUCGAGACUUACCACUUCGCUUUUGCGUACGAACGUGGCACUGUCACCAGUGUGCAUUUGAGUUCAGUAGCUCACGCAUUCGUCUUGGAGAAUGUGCACAAAAGUUUCAGGGCUGCGAUACGGGCUCUGCUUCGUUCACUCAGGAAUUUACCCCGUCUGCCAGCUCGUCGCAAGCUAGGAAUGAGUCUCACAUAUAACGAGACAUGUCCUAUGGUAUAUCAGCCACCCGGCUUUGUAGACAAAGAUGAAUAUCAAGAGGGGGAAGGUCAGACAAUGUGUGAGGCGCUGCUGGAUCGAGAUGAGGAUGUUGUAGGUAUGCUCGAGUGUGGUUACCAUCAAAUGCGCGUUGCAGUACACCUCCAAGAUGCGGCAAGACAAGAACCGUUGAUUGAUCUGCAUGACACGGAAAUCAGCAGACAGCUGCAAGCAAUGCAGAAGACCUCCUCCAGCCACAGCAACAAUUUAUUGUCUACCUUGAGAGACUCGUUUCCUGGUUCAAAACGUUCUAGGAACGGCCCAAUGCCUGGUGCGAAACGCCUGCGGCCCUCUGAACCUAAGAAGCCAUCAAGCGAUGAGUCUGUUCUACACAGCGUCGGUACAAACCAACUCACAGAAUUCCAGGGCCCUAGGGGGUCAGCCUUCGCAACCCCAGGACCGGGUCACCAAGGAAGUGCGUCGAAAGAUUGUCCUGUCCAACAGAGCCUGCCUAGAGAAAAUGGGCUCUGUAUCAGUGUCACAAAGCUCGCAGAGCUUCUCAUACACUGCUAUGCUGUUCAGAGUGGAAAGACUGGUGAAAGUGGAGACGCUUUUGACCAUCGCCUGCUAGCCGACGUCAGCAUAGAUCAAGUUCAAUGUUGGCAGCAUAAAGAAUGCUAUGGCCGUGGCGACAACCUCCCUCCUGCUACCAUACCUGAGGAGCACUUCUGCUAUACCUGCCUCUUGUUUUCCGAAGGGCUAAAACCCCCGAAUUCUCCCCUCCUCAUUAUUCUCCUCCGAGUGGCUACAGGCUAUCUCGCAGCAAAGACCACACCCGGAAUGCGGAUUGCCGGGAACUUCCUUCAGACGCAGCUGAAACCAUUUCGCUGGACCAGGGAUGUGCUUGACUGGGCAAUGGAGCGCCUCGUGGAGGAGGGUCUGCUCAAGCCAGUAGCUAGAGGCUUCUUCGAAGUCGGAUCACUUGACGAUGCGGAGAUGUGGCAGGUCAAGGAGCGAUGCAUGGGUUCAUUGGCAUCAGUGAAGGGUCUUUUCGAGACCUGUACAAACCCUGACAAUACGAGGCGCAAUGACUUGCUGAGUUCACUCAAAGCGUACGCUGGUGAAAAUGAUUAUACGACAGCCGAAGGAUGCGAAGAACUGAUCUCGUACGACGAGUUCGGGGUUCCAGUAUACCGCUGGGGAUAUGACACGGCCGCAAGGAAUCCCUCGUUAAAGAAGCCUGUUGUCGAGAAGGAACUGACAACGCCGGUUCGUCGACGAAAGAUCAGUAUCUCACGCAUACUGAUCAACAUUGAUCGUUCCCCCUCUGCAGCGAGCAUGAGUCUAGAAGAAUCAACAAACCGAUUCCGUGACAACAGGAGUUGUAGCACUGAUUGCAGCACCGCAGCCUCGACAGCGACCGCUGACUGA